AUAAGCCUCAGCACAGGUCUCUCCCUCUUCCUUGGCCGUUUCGUCUUCUUCAACUUCCAGAGAGAGAACGUUGCGAAACAGGGCUUACCGGAGCAGAACGGGAAGACCCACUUCGAAGCUGGAGAUGAUCGUGCUAAGGAAUACGUCAGCCUCUUGAAAUCGAACGAUCCGAUUGGAUUCAACAUCGUUGAUGUUCUUGCUUGGGGUUCUAUUGGACACAUCGUUGCUUACUACAUCUUGGCUACUUCCAGCAAUGGAUACGACCCUAGCUUCUUCGGCUGA